AUGAACAACGAUGAAGUCAUCGAUGAAAAUGAAGUUCAAGUAAAAACUUCGUUAGAUCAUUCAAAACUACCGAUUAAAAUAAACGAAGAAAAUGAUAAAAAUGAUGAAGAAAGUUCCGAUGGUAGUUCACCAUCAGCAUUGAAAAAACGUUUACAGGAUUUAUCAUCAACUUACGAUAAUCCAUUAACACCUCUUCUUAGUCAUCGAAUUCCAAUAAUUAAUCGAUCGGACAAAGAAGAUCAUCAAAAUUCAAAUCUUCUUGAUGAAAGUUCAACUAAAUCUAAUUCGUUGCAAGGUGCACGUGCACAAAAUUCAAAUAAAUUGAAUGACGAAAGUUCGAUGGAAUCAUCAUUGACACAAAUUUACGAUGACAAUGAUUCGUCAAAGUUUCGUUUUAAAGCAAAUACAUUUACGGGUUCUAUGACGUCACGAAGUUAUUAUUGCAAGCAUGACGAUGAUGACGAUGAUAAUAAAAAAUCUGAUUUAAUUAAACGUCAAUCUAAAUCAGCUAACGACGAUCGUAUAAAUAAAUGUAACAAAUUAUUAACAAAUAAAACGAAACUCAAUCCCAUUUCACAUUUAUCUACAAACAAUGUGCGUCCAAUUAAAUGUGGAGGAUACAGACCGAACACUGGUGUUAUCUUCAAAAAUUUAAGUUCAAGUAGUGAAUCUGAAAGUAUUAAUGAACCAACAACAUCCAAUUGUUUAUUUAAAAAAAUCAAUAGUCCAAUGACAAAUACGGAAUUAUCAUCACCAGUUUCUAAAACUACGUUAGACGAAAGAAUAUCCAACGUUUUAUCAUCUAGAAGUGAAGAUAAUCAAGCGUUAUCUUCAUUCCGAUCAUUUCAAGAGUUAUCUCGAAAUAAACUAGUUAAUAAUAAUAAUAAUAAUAAUAAUGAUUUGAUAACUGUGCCAUCAAAAUCAGGUGUUUUGAUUUCCUCACGUUCAGAAAACGUAAAACAGAAAAAUGAUUUAUCUGAUGAAUCUAACAUUAAUUCUAUCAAUUUGUCUAAACAUCUGAAAGGUAAAAUGAUCGAACACUUGUCAUGUCCAUCUUCAGCAAAAAAUUGUAUAGAAAGGGAAGAAUUUCUCGUAUCAAGGACGAAUAUUGCGAGAUAUUUUAGUGAAGAUCAUUCUUUGUAUGAAAAUAAUCCAGAAAAAAUGUCUUCGUUUCUUAAUGUAGGAUUAAACGAUGAUUUGGAAACAUUUAAUGCAUCUGAUAAUGAAAGACAAGACAAUAACAUAACCAGUGUUCCAAGUUUACGAUUAUAUUCUGAAGAUGUUUCGUGUUCUACGUCAGCUGGUAGCAAAACUUACACGCAAAAUCGUUCAUUGGAUAGCAGUGUAUUAUCAAAUGCUUUAUCAAAUGUUUGUUCAACGUUAAAUACCAAAGAUAAAGAAAAUAAUUCAACGAGAACUCGAUACAGAUCUUACGAUGACAGCGAAAAUUUCGACACUUCGGAAUCGUCUGAUCAAAAUUUGAUUUUGAUUAAAACACAUGAAGAACCAAUGGUAACCACUGAAUCCAAAAAUUAUGAUGAAUUUGAUAUCAUCGAUGAAUCACGUAGAGCAUUUUCAGCACCUCAUUCAAAAUUACCUACGAAACGUUUGGUAGACGAUAGGAGGUGUAAAUCGGUUGAUCUAUCGAAUCAUGAAAUGAUCUACGUUAAAGAAAAUCAUCAAUAUCCCGAAUCAUUGUAUUCCAAUUUAAGUAAAACAAAUUUGUCGGAAAGUAUUGGAUCAUUGAACUUUACCGAAGAUUAUCAUCAAACGUUAAAAGAACCAAUUGAAAUGUCAUAUUUACAGGAAGAUAAAUAUAAUCCGUAUAAUUCGGAAUAUACGAUGUAUCCAAGACAAAGUCAUCUUUCCAUUUUGCAAGAAGAAUCAGAAACGAAACUCGAAGAAUAUGAUUUAUCCGAAUCAUCAACGUUUGAAAAUAAGGAAUCACCUACUGUAAAUAUCGAUCAAGAAAAUUCUGUUAAAUUGAAUGAAACUAAUUUGAUACAAAAUACGAUUGAAAAUUCAACGGAUGUUACAAAACAAUCCAAUCAAACUGAGAGUACAAUUGUAGAAACUAGACAAAACGUUGGACGUUGUAACAAUGUUACCAACAAAUCAAGAUCAUUGGAAACGUUUCGUGAAUUAACAUAUCCAGGUAUAAUUGAAUUUUUUAAUUCAUCUAUCGAAUGUUAUGCUUACAAUAACGAACGUCAACGUGAUCAACGAAAUAUUUUACCAAAGAUGAAAGGAUUUGUACGUAGAUUUUCAAAUAAAUUGAAAUCAUCUCGUAAACAAAACAAUACUGAUCAUCGUAAGGAAAUAUCAACUAAGAUAAUUUAUCAAAAUCAAGAAUGUCAAAUAGAUUCGAUUCCGGAAUCGUGUUCGGACGAAUCAACCAUCGAACAAUCACAAUUGAUUGAACCAAAAUCAGGUAAUACAAGAUCAUCGAUCAUUUCUAGUGGUAAAUCGUUGAAAAAGACAAUGAGUUUAGAAAAUUUGACACUUUGCAAAGAAUAUCCACGUAGACGAUACGAUCGUGAUGAUAAAUGGGUCAAAGAAUUUGAAGAAUGUUCAUCGCAACGUACAACAACCAGAACAACAUCGUCCAAUAAACAUUUAUCAAUGUUUACUUCUAAAAGUGAAAAUAGUUCAUUGGUCGAAGAUUUGUCCAAAGAAUCGUUGAUAAUUGAUGAAAAUAAUAUUCAAAGUGAUACUCGUCAAAAUGAAGUAGAUUCAAUGACAAACGUAUCAACCUCAUUCGUAUUACCAAAUUCAAAAGAAACUAAAGUCAACGUUCAAAAUGAUCAACAAAAUCCCGACACUGAUGAACUUAGUAUUAACAUGGAAAAUAAUGGCUGUAUUUGUUUAAAAUUCUAUCGAAUGUUAACUUGUUCUUACAUCUUAACAACGAAGAAACAUCGAAGUUCGAUCAUCAAACCUAACACAUUGAUUGAAAUGAAGAAAAAGAUCAGGAAAAAGACAUUUGGUUUAUCAUCGAAAUGA